AACUAUGAAUACCAGGACCCAAAAUUCUUCAGGCUCAGCGAUAAGGAUAUAAUAGGGAUCCAGAGCCUUUAUAAUUAAGGUCAAGCUUUUCUUCUCAUGAGGCAUCCCUGGGCCCAUCAUGGCAUCAUCAAACAGCAGUGAUACCACGGACCCUAUCUUCCUUCUGAAGGGUUUCCCAGGGCUUGAGUCAGUGCAUGUCUGGCUCUCUAUCCCCUUCUGCCUUGCUUACCUAAUGGCUUUUGGAGGGAAUGUCACUAUCUUGGCUGUCAUCUGGACAGAGCCCUCUCUUCAACAGCCCAUGUAUUACUUCCUGUCUAUUCUGGCCUUGACUGACCUGGGCAUGUCACUAUCCACCCUGCCUACCAUACUUGGAGUUUUGUGGCAGAAUACACAGGAGAUCCAAGCGAGUGCCUGCUAUGCCCAGCUCUUCUUCAUCCAUACCUUCACCUUCUUGGAGUCUUCAGUGCUGUUGGCCAUGGCUUUUGAUCGUUUUGUCGCCAUCUGCUUCCCACUCCACUACUCCAUUAUCCUCACCAAUGGUGUCAUUGUCAAAAUUGCCCUGGCUUGCUUGCUGAGGAGUAUGGGGGUUGUCUUGCCCACACCCCUACUUCUACAACAGUAUCAUUACUGUCAUGCCAAUACCCUCUCUCAUGCCUUUUGUCUCCACCAGGAUGUACUGAAGUUGUCCUGCUCAGAUGCUAGGGUUAACAGCAUGUAUGGGCUGUGUGUGGUUAUUGUCACUCUGGGCAUAGAUUCAGUCUUCAUCCUACUCUCCUAUCUGCUGAUACUUUUUGCUGUGCUGGGCAUUGCAUCCCAUGAAGAAAGGCUUAAGGCCCUCAACACAUGUGUCUCCCAUGUCUGUGUCGUGCUCAUUUUCUUUGUGCCUGUGAUUGGUGUUUCUAUGGUGCACCGCUUUGGGAGGCACUUGUCACCCACCAUACACAUCGUUAUGGCUGAUGUCUACUUACUUCUUCCACCUACACUGAACCCUGUUGUCUACAGUGUCAGGACUAAGCAGAUCCGUGAAGGGAUCAUCCGCAAAUUCAGGAAGAGGAAAUUGUUUUAG